CUCCCAAAACCCCAGUGGCGCUCUGAGGCGCGGAGAGCGGCGGCGUUCUCCAUGGCCCCGAAGAGGAAGCCGGCGAGGCCGCCGAAGGCGAAGGCGCCGGCGGCCGCGGCGGCGAAGACGGACCCCGACGGCAUGUUCCGCGGCGUCUCCGCCUUAGUCGUCCCCCACGCUGUCCAGUCUCGCCGCCUCGAGGUGUGGAAGCAGCGGCUGGCGCAGAUGGGGGGCCGCGUCCAGGAGAAGCUCGGCAAGGGCGCGGCGGCCACCCACGUGCUGGCCGCGGACGCCAAGGCGCUGCUCCGGGAGCUCGACGCCGCCUGGCUCCACCGCUUCCGCGGGAGCGUGGUGUCAUUCGAGUGGCUGGAGGAGUGCCUCAAAUCCGGUGAGAGGCUACCUGAGCACAAGUUUACUAUCAAUUAUGAGGAGGAAUUUAAGCCGAAGAAGGAAGGUGGCGCUGCAGAUUCAGGUGCAUCGCAGCCUGUAAAGAGGAUCAAAAUAUCAUCAGAUGAUCCUGAGAAUCACAAGGAAACUGCUGGGGGUGAUCAAGCUCAAGAUGCAAAUGCACAUGUGGAUAAAGAUUCAGUUGUUGUAAAGGAGCCUAGCUCGUAUACAAGUAGCCAAAGUGCCACUGGAGAUUCUAAGGACACCAUAGCUUCGCAAAAUGCAUUCAACACUGAGGAAGCCUCAUCUGGAGAAUCCACAACGUAUGCUCCUCCAGACUUGAACAGGAACAUCACCGAGAUUUUUGGAAAGCUGAUCAAUAUAUAUAGAGCCCUGGGAGAUGACCGAAGAUCAUUUAGCUAUUACAAGGCUAUUCCAGUGAUUGAGAAAUUGCCAUUCAAAAUAGAAAGUUCCGAUCAAGUUAAAAACCUCCCUGCUAUUGGGAAAUCAUUGAAAGACCAUAUUAAUGAGAUAGUAAAUACAGGAAAGCUUGCCAAGCUAGAGCAUUUCGAGAAUGAUGAGAAGGUUCGAACUGUCAGCCUAUUCGGUGAAGUUUGGGGUGUUGGUCCAGCAACUGCUCUCAAGUUGUAUGAUAAAGGACACCGUACACUUGAUGACCUUCAAAAAGAUGAUUCACUUACAAGUGCUCAGAGGAUCGGCCUGAAAUUCUUUGACGAUAUCAACCAAAGAAUACCCCGACAUGAGGUUAGUGAAAUGGAGAAGCUUUUGCAAGAAGUUGGGACUGAUAUCUUGCCUGGAGUAAUAAUUAUAUGUGGGGGAUCAUACAGACGUGGAAAAGCUUCCUGUGGUGACAUGGAUAUUAUCAUUACUCAUCCUGAUGGUGAAAGCCAUGUAGGCUUUUUACCGAAAUUUGUUCAGCGCUUGAAGGACAUGAAUUUUUUGAGGGAGGAUCUUAUUUUCAGCAUACACAGCAUUGAGGGAACUGAUUGUGGAGUUGACACGUAUUUUGGUCUUUGCACAUAUCCUGGCCGUGAGCUACGGCAUCGCAUCGACCUCAAGGUGUACCCAAGAAACAGAUAUGCAUUUGGGCUGCUUGCUUGGACUGGGAAUGAUGUUCUAAAUCGACGAUUAAGAAUAUUAGCAGAUUCCAAAGGCUACAUUCUUGACGACACUGGUUUGUAUCUUGCUACACAAGGCAGUGGUGGAAAGCGUGGGGGAAGAUCAGAAGCUAUAGUUAAUUGUGACACCGAGAAGGAUGUAUUUGAUACACUUGGAUUCCCCUGGUUGGAACCUCACGAACGUAACCUUUAGUCAACCCUUCUGUAGAAAAUGCAGUUUGGUAGAGUUGUAUAGUUUUUGUUUCCCCGAACUUCCUGCUGCAGAUAGUCUUUUGUCAGGGCUAGCUGUUUCCGAACCUGUGUAGAUCGGGGGUAAAAGAAACAUGCCUGUAGACGUAGGAAAAAUGUAGAUGUAGUUUGCUAGACUUUUAUAUUUUUGUUUAAUGGUACUGCAAAACAGCAGAGGAUUGUCCUUUGACACUUGCCGCAAUGGUUAGACUCUCUUUUGCUGACUUGUAUCUGCAGACAUGACAACAGUAUAUAGAACUUUGUUGUG